GCCAUCCGGAAGUUUCCCCGUGGAUGAUGAUGAUGUUGGCAAUUACAGCGCGCUGAUUUGCUCGUCAUCUGUCUAGCGUUCAGUGAACGGAGUGACCGAGGAGGAUGUGAGGCUGUCUGAAUUCCCCAUUCGGCUCCUCGGCAUGCAGAAGAGAAGCGCGUGAGGAGAGGCAGUGUGAUUUUCGUCAGGAUGCUCAGGCUGUUCGCGGCGCUGAUGAUUGUUGGGCUUCUGCUCGCCUGCUUCACUUCCUGGCUGUUUGACAGCUAUGACACCGCCUGGCACCCGAAGCGCAGCUUACACCAGUCCAAGAAGGUCGUCCCACCGUUUCCCAGCGGGCAGCGGGACAAUAUAUUUUGGUUUGUGCAGGUGUCCGACAUCCAUAUCAGUCGUUUCCGCGAUCCGGGGCGCAUUCCAGACUUCGAGAGGUUCUGUAGUGACACUAUCGAUGUGAUAAAACCUGAUCUUGUGCUGGCCACAGGGGAUUUAACAGAUGCAAAGACUGAGAAUAAAAUGGGCUCGCUUCAACAUGAAGUGGAGUGGCAGGCCUACUACAACGUCCUUAAAAGAUCACGAGUGCUGGAACGCACUAAAUGGAUCGACAUUCGGGGAAAUCAUGAUGCCUUUAAUAUUGUUUCUCUGGAGAGUGUGAACAAUUAUUACAGGAAGUACUCUGCCAAUCAGAAAGUUGGAUCCUUCCACUACAUACACAGAACCCCCUUUGGGAACUACUCGUUCAUUUGUGCCGACGCCACUCUGACCCCUGGACCCAAACGGCCCUAUAACUUCUUUGGGAUUAUCAAUCAAACUCAGAUGGACAUGUUGGCGACGUUUAGAGAGGAGAGCUUGAGCAGUAACAAGUCCAUCUGGUUUGGACAUUAUACCACAUCUACUGUCAUCUCCCCCUUCCCAGGAAUCCGAGAGCUCAUGAGUACAGCCGUAGCGUAUUUGUGUGGGCACUUACACACACUAGGAGGCUUCAUGCCGGUACUGCACAGUCGACAUCAAGGAGGCACGAUGGAGUUAGAGCUGGGAGACUGGAUGGAGAACCGCAGGUACAGGAUAUUGGCUUUCGACCAUGACCUGCUUAGUUUCUCUGAUUUGACGUUUGAGGACUGGCCAGCUGUGCUGAUCACCAAUCCCAAAGACGCACAGUACCUUCACCCAGGAGUGGAGCCUCUGGGUCGAAUCCGCAGUUCCACGCACAUCAGGGUCCUGGCUUUUUCUGAAGCUCCGAUCACAGCUGUGUAUGUGAGUGUGGAUGGAGUUUCACUGGGAAAAGCAUUCAGCGCUGGGGGUCCUUUAUAUGUGCUGCUCUGGGACCCAACACUCUACGCUAUGGGACUGCACACUAUCAGAGUAAAAGUGGAGGACUCGGAAGGUCGCUCAAAAGUGCGAGAACAGCACUUCACCCUGGAGGAGGACCUCACCCCCAGCUUUGGCUUCUUGCAGUCCUUCAUCCUCCUCACAGACCACUACAUACUGGCACGGAUCGCCUUUGUGGCAAUAAUAUUACUAAACCUGGGUGGACUUGUACUCUUCAGAUUUAUGCCUGUAUCUUCAACAAGAGGGCUGUCUUCUCAAGUGUGGAUCUCCCUGCAUCUUGUCAGUAAGAGCAACGUGUUCUUCUACUCUCUGCUGCUGUUCAACCUGUAUACAGCAUUAGGUCCAUGGUUCAUUGGGGAAGUCAUAGAUGGACACAAUGGAGCCGGCUUUGCUUUUGGUGUGUUUGUGGAUGGGCAUUUCCUUGAAGGCGGUCUGACAUAUGUCGUGGGAGUCAUGCAGGUGCUUUUCUUCAAUAUGCCUCUCACUUAUUACCUCUGCUGGAGUCUUCACCACAGGUGUCGCGGCACCAACUUCCGCUCGCAAAUCUGCCGGCCGGGCUGCCGCUGGAGGACUCUGGCCAUACACUUCGGCAUGCUGGUCCUCAUGAUCUGGCAAGCCUAUUCUUGCUACUUCCUGCUGGAGACCUACGGGCUACUGGCCUUCUUCCUGUCUCCCGUACGUACCUGGGCCUUUGUCAUGGGCCUGCUGUUGGUGUACAGAGCAUGGUGGGGAACUCCUCCUCGUUUCUCCGAUGGCAGCAAGACCAACCGGCCAUUGUGACGCUGACAGUUGAAGAGGGGCCUUCGCCUGUAUCAUUGUGACAUUGUUUUGUGCCAAGCUCUUCCUGUCUUUACGGUCACCAAAUUGCCAAUCUUUACCGCUAAAAACAACUUUAGUUAAUAUACAAAUCCGUUGUAUGGAGCGAUGAUGUCGUCAUCAUCCCAUAUGGGUGAUGGAGCCGUUUAAAACCACUCCUCUACAUAGCCAGUUCCCUUCAUUGUGAAGUCCUAACAGAUGUGUGUGGUUAAGCACACCUAUUACUUUAAUAAUCUGCACAUUAUGUUCUUGUCAAAUUAUGUUUGUUUUUAUAUGUGAGGAGCAAUCAAGAAAGGAAUAAUGAUUUUCUUAAUUAUUCUGCACCAAACUGACUCUACACAGAGAGGUCAUUUAAUAUGGAUCUUCUUAAAUGUUUUUUCAAGUAUAUAUCACACUGUAAAGAGGGAUAUAUCUCUCUCUCGAUUUUCUUACACCUGCACACAAUAAUAUUUAUUGGUUAAUUUAUGUGACGAAGCUGGCCAUUAUCGCAAAUUGUUUCGGGCGGAAUCAAACACCAUUUCAAAAGAAGCCGAAGCAUCAAGCUUUGCAUGUCGCCAACAAACAAACAGAUCGGAACUGUGUAUGUGAGCGUAAUGGGACACUGUUCAGCCAAUCAGAACCAGCAUUACAUGGCUACUUACCAAAAUACCCACAUUUUAUUAUGCUAGGAAAAACUGUAGCGUCACACAAGGGACAUGAAAUUGCCUGGAAUAAUGUUAAAUUGUAUAGUUUAGUGGUCAUUAUGCAAUAUAUUUGACAUAGAUUGCCAAGAAGUUUUAUAGGGUUUUUAUAGGGAAGAAUUAUAGGGUUCGGUCACCCAAAAAUUGUUGCAAACAUGCAAGACUGUUGUUUAUCUUCGAAACACAAAAGAUGAUGUUUUUACAGAAGCUCAACAAUACUUGAGCUUCUCAUUGGUUCUCAGUUUCCAUUAUGUGAAUACAAGCCUAAAUUACACCUGUACAUUUCUUUUAACCUUCAAAUGGUCUUCGUUCACUGUUUACACUUCUUGGCUUCGGGGUCUACACGACCCCAACAAUUGAUUGAGUAAUUGUACAAAAAAUAUACAUUUUUAAUCAUACAAAUAAUAUAUCAUUUUUUUU